AUGAACUCCGCAUUGAGGUCAAAGAAGCUAAAGUACUUCGUCUUAAGGUAUGAGUCUGAUGAGACACCAAUGGUCAGCUACUUAAAUGUCCAUGAUGGGCUGGAGCAGCGAAGGCGAGCAGCAAAGGAAGCCAGCACAUCAAAUGUGUCAGGGCCCAGGACGAUUAUUGUCGGGCCCACAGAUGCUGGCAAGAGCAGCCUGGGAAAGAUCCUGCUCAACUAUGCUGUCAGGGCAGGAUGGGUUCCCACAGCAGUGGAUCUGGAUGUAGGACAGGGCAGCAUAACAGUCCCGGGCUGCAUUGCUGCCACUCCAGUGGAGGCCCUCAUUGAUGUGGAGGAGGGGUUGCCCACCGAGGUUCCUCUGGUGUAUUUCUACGGCCACCAGAACCCCACAGAGAACCCUGAGCUGUACAAAUUUCUUGUGGAGCGCCUAGCAGACGUGCUCAGCCGGCGGGCGAAUGUGGAUGUGCAAGCGGCUGGAGUGAUGAUCAACACAAUGGGCUGGAUUGAGGGGCUGGGCUAUGAGCUGCUGCUGCACUCCAUUGAGGCGCUCAAAGCAGACGUGAUCCUUGUGGUGGGCCAGGAACGCCUGUACAACCAGCUCAGAAAUCACCUGCGGGCUCGGCCGGAGGUGUCGGUGGUGCGCCUGCACAGCAGCGGGGGGGUGGUGACGCGGACGCCGCAGGUGCGCAAGCAGUCGCGCACGCGCCGCACGAAGGAGUACUUUUACGGCGUCCGCGGAGACCUCAGCCCCCACUCCCAGACCGCCUCCUUCGAGGAGCUGCGCAUUUUCCGCAUUGGGGGCGGCCCACGAGCGCCCAGCUCCGCCCUGCCUCUGGGUGCCACAUCAGUUGCAGACCCUCUGCGCGUCACAGCAGUGACUGCAGUGAAUGCGGAGCUGCAGAACUCUCUGGUCGCAGUGUCCCAUGCCAACACCCCGGACCAGCUGCUGUCUGUCAGCGUUGCGGGUUUUCUCUACAUCAGCAAUGUUGACAUCCACCAACGCACCAUCACCUACCUGGCUCCUUGCCCUGGGCCAUUGCCGGGCAAAUACCUGCUGACUGGCAACUUGAAAGCCAAUCCAUCCCUGGAGGAAUGGUGCAAGGACACAACAUUGCGACGAUACCUUGCAGCACGCAAUGGGAAUAUCGCAAAUGCCGCAAAGAUGCUCCAGAAUACCUUGGAAUGGCGCCGGAGUUACAGGCCCCAUGAAAUUACUUGGGAGAGCAUUGCAGAUGAGGCAACUGGGAAGCAAGUGAUCGCACCUUGCACUGACAAAGGUGGCCGCACAGUGGUCAUCAUGCGGCCAAGGGAGGAAAGGAGCAAAGAUACGGAGGCACAGAUCAGGUUCCUGGUGUAUACUUUGGAGAUCGCCAGCAAGAUCGCAGACGCCUCUGGUCAGGGAAAGAUAACGUGGCUCAUAGACUUCAAGGGGUACAGCAUGCGCAAUGCGCCCUCCAUAAGGGUGAGCCUCACGACACUGUCAAUACUGCAGAAUCACUACCCUGAGCGCCUUGGCCUGGCGCUCUGCUAUCUGCCACCACGGCUGUUCAGCAUGUCAUGGAAGGCCUUGCACCCCUUCAUAGACACAGUGACAGCGGAGAAGGUGGUUUUUGUCAGCAGCCAGAACGAGGCGGCAGUGAUGGCACAGAAGUUUGACAUGGACCAGAUGGAGGCAUGCCUGGGCGGCAAAGGAUCCUGGACCUAUGACAAGCAGGAGUACAGCAAGUUCUGCCGACAGCAGGAGCCCAGAUCCACUGCCGAUUUGUUGCAACCUUUGGACGACCGUCCAACAGCAUGAGAUCUGGCAGGAGCUAGCUCUCCUCAAUGAGAAGAAACUUCAGAUGUGCGCAUCAUGCAAUGAGGACUUCUGCAUCGAAUUCGAAUUAUUACUGUGCUCGCGUGUGGCAAUAUAACGACAUUGGUCGUCAAAUG